GGUAACGUCUUAGAGAGAAGAUCGAUAUGGAGAUUAUCCAUAUUCUCCGACGUCUUCUGGGGAAUUAUCAACUUCGUCAUUUUAUUGUAAGCAGAUGAUAUGAUUUUCCUUUGUGGACAUUACACGUAAAACCAUAACGUUUCUGCGAUCUGCGGUUCUAACGUUUUUUUUCUUUCUUCCCUUUUGUCUUCAAUGUGCAAACAGCUUCCACACCAUGUUUUCGGUGAGUAUUUUUUAUGCUUAAAAGCAUCAUCCUUCGCCAUUUUAUGAUCUGGUCUAAGUAGGCAUCACAAAUGUCGUGUUAAGAAUAAGUUGAAUUGAUUAAAUCAUGCUAUAGUUGGGAUUUUUCUACAAUUUACUUAAAUUUGAUGCCUAAAACAUCGAAGACAAUUAAAUCUACCAGCACUUGCGAUUGAUGUUUAGCUACACUUGAUGUUUUAAUCCACUGUGGUGUGGAGCUGUCAGUGUUACAUAGCGAAACAGGAAGUGAUAAUGGAAAUCAUUUGUGCAUCACAAUUCACUAGCUCCUCAAAUAUGUAGCUGUUUCUUUCAUUAGUAGUGGAUUUUUAACUUUGUAUCAUAUGUUUUGAAACCACUGGCAUCCUUGUAAUCUGAUUGACUCUCAGCAGUGUGGUCUAUUCACAAAUCAUGCUAUUUUUUGCUCUAAAUCGCAUUUUUCUCAGCUAAUGAGAGCAACAUUACAACAAAAUAACCAAUCAGAUUCCAAGGCUUGUUUAAAGUAACCAACCAAUCUUUAGUGGAAAAAAGACAAAGAAGCAAAUUUUUACUACUUUUGUUCCAAAAACUUUUUGUCAUUUGAUAUUUCUAUUCUAAGUUCCACUUCGCUUUACAAACUGGCUUAGUACUGCUGUGCACUUGUUUGAUUUUGAAAUCAUGCAUAUAAUUUUAGACAAAAUUGUACAAUAUUACCUUCUUAAAAUGUUAAUGAGAUCAAAGGCAAAAAAUAUUGAAACACACUGGUAAUACAAAGUGCUUAUAGUUGAAAUGUGUUAUGUUUUCAGCCUGGACUUACAAAACGUGGUAACUCAUAUUCUAAUUCAGAGUACAGACCUGGUGGAGGGUGAGUUUGUUUGUUUUUAACAAUGUUUCUUUAAAUGUCCUUAUUUGCUUGUGUGACCAGAGGUGUGUGAUGGCUAAGUAAGUCUUAUGCAAGUUUGGCUUGAAAAUGCCCAAUUUCACCCUGAACUUUGCUUUCAAGAUAGGGACUGGUGAAUUUUAAUUGGAAAUUAUUCUCUAAAGAGGGAAAUCAAUAGAAUAACUAGCUCUAAACAGCAACAAGAUAGUGGCAAAGAUUCAUGAAAAUUUCGGUGCCAGCAAGACUUGGCAGUGAACUUUCCUUAGACAAUAUAAUGAUGGGUUAGAGCUAUUGAAACUGCUAAGGCUUAACUGACAUAAAAAUACUGUGGAGAAUAAAACUGCCUCUUCUGCACAUUCAUGGGAGAAGGAUGGACCAGUGAUUGGUGCAUUGGACUCUGAGUCGAGAAUUCUGUGUUCAAGACCUGGCCAAGUCAAAGUGUUGUGUCCUCCGACAAAAAAGUUUACCUUCAGAGUGCCUCUCUCCAACCAGUAGUAUAAAUGGGUACUGGCAAAUUGUCAGAGAAACCUGAUGAAAUGUAGGAGGAAGGGGGGGGGCAUAACCUUGUGAUGGACUAACAUCCAGGGGGGAGCAGUGGUACCCCCAGUUGCUUCAUGCUAUCGAUACCAAGAUAAGUUCUGGCCGGCUGGGUCAUUUUGCUUGAGUAGAGACUUUGCCUUUACCUUUUCCACAAUCAAAAUUAAAUCUCUGAUUAAAAAAACAUGAUAGAAAAAUUCCAUUAUAAGGGUGGAGGUGAUGGGGCAAGCAGGCCUGGGAAAAAUUCACAGCCCUGCAAGAUGCAAGAUUGUGGUUGUUGUGAUCGAAUUUUAAAUUUUCAUUUUAGACCUCCAAGACCACCUGGUAGAAGAUAUGGAAGAAUUGGUAGAGGAGGUGGAGGUAAU